CAGGCCGUGCGUGUGCCGUCACUUCCGGCCGGAAGCGGGCGGGCGACGCCGUCUCCAUGUGGCAGCGGCUGCGCGCCGCUCUCGGCCGGCUCCGCGCGGGCGGCCCGGCCCCGGGCCACGUCCCCGUCGCCGCGGGAGUGGAGCGGGCCGGCAUGGAGCGGGCCGUGGUGCGCUGCGUGCCGGCAGAGCCCAAGCUGAGCGUGCGGCUCGUGCUGCCCGACGGCAGCGCCAGGCACAUGCAGCGCGACCAGGCGGAGCCGCUGGGCCGGGCGCUGGCCCGCCUCGCCGCCACCGCCGCCAAGGGCCGCGCCAAGGCGGCCAAGAAGAGCAGGAAGGCGCGGGCCGAGCCGGCGGAAGAGGAGGCGGCGGCGGCCGGGGCGGAGGCGGUGCCGGCGGUGCGGCUGUUCUCCAGCGACGGGCUGGCGGUGGCCGAGGAGGUGCCGAACGCGGCGGCGUGGCAGGACGGCGCCGUGCUGCAGGUGGGCGAGGCGCGGUACCGCGUGGAGCGCAACCCGCCCACCGUCACUGAGCUGCGGCUGCCCCACUCGCUGCUGGCCGGCUUCCCCGUGUGCCCCAAGGUGAGCGCCGAGUUCGCCGCCCCGAGGCACUGCGUCUUCCGCUGGUACCGCCAGCGGCGGCCCGCAGACGGGGAAGGCGGUGAGGGAGACACGGCCUGGGUGGAGGAGGCGGCGGGCACCGAGCGGGUCUUCACGCCCUGCAACGCGCUCGUGGGGCUGCGGCUCAAGCUGCGCUGCACGCCCAGCGACGGGGAGCAGCGCUACGGGCAGCCCUGCGAGGUGGAGAGCAGCGGGCCCGUGGAGGCCGGCCCCGGCGCCUGCACCUUCGACUCGCGGCACCUGUACACCAGGAAGGUGUGCGGCCACGGCUCCAUCCGCACUGUCUCCUACAACAUCCUGGCCGACACCUACGCUCAGACGGAGUUUUCCCGCACCGUGCUGUACCCGUACUGUGCCCCAUACGCCCUGGAGAUCGACUACCGGCAGAACCUGCUGAAGAAGGAGCUGGCAGGCUACAGCGCUGACCUCAUCUGCUUGCAAGAAGUGGACAAGUCUGUCUUCGUGGACAGCCUGGCUCCAGCUCUGGACGCGUUUGGACUAGAAGGGCUCUUCAAGAUCAAGGAGAAACAGCACGAGGGCCUGGCCACUUUCUACCGCAGGGACAAGUUCAGCCUUCUCAGCCAGCAUGACAUAGCAUUCAGUGAAGCCCUGCUCUCAGACCCGCUGCACAAGGAGCUGUGCGAUAAGCUGGCCGAGUACCCUGCGGUGCGGGAGAAGGUGCUGCAGAGAUCAUCGGUGCUGCAGGUUUCCGUUCUUCAGUCUGCAACCGAUCCUUCCCAGAAGAUUUGUGUAGCUAACACCCAUCUGUACUGGCAUCCAAAAGGUGGGAACAUUCGUCUCAUCCAAAUCGCUGUAGCCCUGUCUCACCUCAAGCACGUAGCAUGUGACUUGCAUCCCAGUACACCAGUCAUAUUCUGUGGAGACUUUAACAGCACGCCGUCGUCUGGAACUUACAGUUUUAUCAGCAGUGGUGGCAUUGCCGAAGAUCAUGAAGACUGGGUCUCUAAUGGGGAAGAAGAAAGGUGCAAUAUGCCUCUAACCCACCCCUUCAAACUGCAAAGCGCUUGUGGAGAACCUGCUUACACAAACUAUGUUGGUGGGUUUCAUGGAUGUCUGGACUACAUUUUCAUUGACAAAACUGCUCUAGAGGUUGAACAGGUCAUUCCAUUGCCAAGUCAUGAAGAAGUAACAACUCAUCAGGCUUUGCCGAGUGUUUCACAUCCUUCUGAUCAUAUAGCACUAAUAUGUGACUUAAAGUGGAAAUAGAUCAGUUCCUCUGUGGUGCUUUUUGGGGUUUUCAAUCAUCUAUUUACUGUUGGGAAACUGAGGUUGUACCCUAGCUUGUAUGCUACUAAAAGGAAAGAACUACUGAAAAACUUGUGUUUAAUGGUUCUACCAAACAUUAUCUCACUGUUCAGAAUAUUUGCAUGAUAACUUUCCAUUUUUUAUAUGCUAAUAGGAAAAUAUUUAAGAUGGGGAGUUUUGAAACUUGGAUUAUCAUAUGCCUUUUUAUAGGUUUUUAAAGAUUAAAACUUUGUUAAAAAAGCUAUAUGAAUUUAGUAAGUGUACAAACUGAACCCUGUUUAAUUCAGAACCAAAUGCAGAACCUGAAAAGAAAUGACUUCAGUUAGUACCAUAUUAUGGUGAUUAUUGUCAAAGACAAAACUUCUAAAAUAAAUUCAGAAAUUGUCUUGUGCCUA